CAUUUUUUUGUCAAGUGGUGUUGUCAGCAAAGAAAAAUGAGAGGAAGUCAAUUUAAAUUCUUUUCCUAUCGAAGCAUUUGAUGCCAUUGUAAAAAUUUCAUUUAAAACUGCAAGUGCUCUAUAGCAUAUGUGUAGGAGAGCAUCAAUGCCCUGUAGCAUCAUCGAACUUUCCCUUUCAUGCAGUUUUAAACUCUCAAGAGUCAAGAAUGCAAGAAACCAACACACAGACUGCAUCUCCCUGUAGAAUAAUUGUCAUUUAGUGUCUCUUCUUGCUCAUAAAUCUUGCCAUCUUUAUUCCCAUUCUGCAGGUUUUUUUUAAUUAUACGCCCCCCAUUUUCAAACACUCUCUCUAUCAAAGCUUUUUCUCUCAACAAUGUCCUUCUCCAACCUCAACAUUUUGAGGUGUUGCACACCUUCCUCAUCAGGAAAAGAUCUCUUGCCACGAGUAGAAGUAAAUACUGCUGUUUUGAAUUUUGAGGCAACCAAACAAAGAAUAAAGAAGAUGUUCAACAAGGUUGAUCUCUCUGUUUCCUCAUAUGACACUGCUUGGGUGGCAAUGGUCCCUUCUCCAAAUUCUGAAAAGGAGCCUUUUUUCCCUGAAUGCGUAAAUUGGUUAUUGGAUAAUCAACUCCAUGAUGGCUCAUGGGGUCCUCCUAAUUUGCAUCCAUUGUUAACAAAAGAUGCUCUUUCAUCCACCUUGGCAUGUAUCCUUGCACUAAAGCAAUGGAGUGUCGGUGAAAAACAAAUUAACAAGGGGAUGCAUUUUAUUGAGUCAAACUUAGCUUCAGCUACUGAUGAAGAGCAGCCAUCGCCUGUUGGGUUUGAUAUAAUAUUUCCUGCUAUGAUUGAAUCUGCAACGAGUUUGAAUAUGAAUCUUCCCCAGGGUGGAUCAACCUUAAAGGCUUUAUUUCACAGGAGAGACUUUGAGCUUAAAAGAGGCUAUGGAAGCAACUCAGAGGGGUGGAAAGCCUAUAUAGCAUAUAUUUCAGAAGGAAUUGGAAAGUCACAGGACUGGAAGAUGGUCAUGAAAUACCAAAGGAAGAAUGGGUCUUUGUUUAAUUCACCAUCAACUACUGCUUCUGCUUAUACUCACAAUAAGAGUGCUGGUUGUCUUGAUUACCUAUGCGCACUCAUACAGAAGUUUGGGAACGCAGUUCCAACAGUUUAUCCUCUAGGUCACUAUGCUCUUCUUUCUAUGGUUUCAACUCUUGAUAGUUUGGGUAUUGAUCGACACUUCAGGGAGGAAAUAAGGAGUGUACUGGAUGAAACAUACAGAUGCUGGCUGCAGGGGGAUGAAGAUGUAUUUUCAGAUGCUGCCACCUGUGCUAUGGCAUUUCGACUCUUACGUGUUAACGGAUAUGAUGUCUCCGCAGAUCGGUUAAAUCAAUUUUCAGAAGACCAUUUCUUUGAUUCCCUUGGAGGAUAUCUAAGGGACACUGAUGCUGCAUUAAAACUGUUUAGGGCAUCGGAAGUCAUCAUACAUCCAGAUGAAUCAGUUCUAGAGAAACAAAAUUACUGGACAAGGAAUUUCCUAAAACAGGAAUUUUCUAAUAAUUUAACUCAGCCUCACAGAAUCAAUAAGCAUAUUGGCCUAGAGGUGGAUGAUGCUCUUAAGUUUCCUUCCUAUGCUACUUUGGGUCGGUUAUCGAGCAGGAGGGCAAUGAUAUCUUACAACACCAACAGUACAAGGAUUUUAAAAUCUUCUUAUCGUUGUUUGAAUAUUGGGAAUGAAGACUUCCUAAAACUGGCAGUGGAAGACUUCAAUACGUGCCAAUCGAUACAUCGGGAAGAACUCGAGCAUCUUUCAAGGUGGGUUAUCGAGAGCAGAUUAGACAAGCUAAAAUUUGCCAGGCAGAAGCUGGCUUACUGUUAUUUCACUGCUGCUGGAACCCUUUUCCCUCCUGAACUAGCAGAUGCUCGCAUAUCAUGGGCCAAAAACGGAGUACUUACAACUGUGGUCGAUGAUUUCUUUGACGUUGGAGGUUCCGAAGAGGAACUAGUAAACCUUAUACAAUUGGUUGAGAAGUGGGAUGUGAAUCCAAGAACCGAUUCUUGCUCUGAGAAUGUUGAAAUCGUUUUUUCAGCAAUUAAGAGCUUAGUUAGUGAGAUUGGCAUCAAUGCAUUCGCAAGGCAAGAGCGCAGUGUGACAAAUCACGUCAUUGAGAUUUGGUUGGAUUUGCUCAAGGCUAUGCUGAAGGAAGCUAAGUGGUUGAUAAACAAGUCAGCGCCAACAAUGGAGGAAUACAUGGAAAAUGCGUACGUCUCAUUUGCCUUGGGACCUAAUGUCCUUUCAAAUCUCUAUUUGGUAGGGCCUAAGCUCUCAGAGGAUGCUGUACGGAGUUCGGAAUACUACCAUCUGUAUAGACUAAUGAGCACUUUUGGGCGUCUUCUCAAUGAUAUGCAAAGCUAUAAGAGGGAAGCUGCGGAAGGGAAGCUAAAUGCUGUAACAUUGGCCAUGAUUCAUGGCAAUGGUAGUGUUAGCGAAGAAGAGGCCAUCAAUGAGAUGAAGAGCAUUAUCACCAGUAAGAGGAGAGAACUGCAAAGACUAGUUUUGCAGGACAAGGAUAGUGUAGUUCCAAGAGCUUGCAAGGAUCUGUUUUGGAACAUGGGCAAUAUUUUGCAUCUAUUUUAUGAAAGGCACGAUGGAUACACCGCGCAUGACAUGAUGAAAACUGUAAAUGAAGUAACCGAAGAACCCAUCAUUCUCAACGAAUUGCAAAGCAGAAAGUAAAUGAAUGGCAUGUACAGCUAGCUACAAACAACUGGUUUGUACUCGUUUUGGAUUUAGGACUGUUGAAAUAGCAAAUCAAAUAAAUGAGGAAACUAUUGGUUUGGUGGGUUUCUAGAUGAUCACCAUGUUUUUCAUCUUUUACUACCUAUCGUGGACUAUGCAUGUAGCUAGCCAUGUUGUAAACUUUGAUUUUUCAUUGCAUAUUUACUCCAUUCUCAUAUGCAGAUUGUAUUGGCCGGUCAAGAGACAAAGCAUUCAAUGCUUGUUUGAUGAUUGUGUGUAAGAAUCCCUAUAUAAGGGAUCAGCUGGUACGUGUUGCAAAGUAUCCCCAUAAUUCAUUAGAGAGU